GCGGGGCCGGGAGCCGCUGCCAGAGAAAGUUUGGGGUGGGAGGGGUGCAUUUUUUCCCCAGCGCGAGGAAGGGGGUUUGUUUUGUUUUCUUUGCGCCGCUGCUCUCCCGCGCUCGCCGCUCGCUCUCUCCCUCUCGCCACGAGUUUUGGGGACUUCUUCCUUUUUUUUUUUUUUCUCUUUUUUCUUUUUUUUUUUUUCCUCCUGAUUUUACUUUAUUUUUCCCUGCCCCUCCGGCAAGUGCUGCCCCGCAGCCGCCCCCGCCAUCCCUCCCCAUGCCCGCGGGCCGGCGGGCAGACCCGCGCCGCGCUCCCGGCAGCUGAGCCGCUCCCCGGGCGCGCAGCCCCGCCGCCGGCGGCAGGAUGUACACGGCCGGCCUGGCCCCCUUCUACGCCUCCAACUUCAGCCUCUGGUCAGCGGCGUACUGCUCGGCGGCGGGGCCGGCGGCCGGCGGCUGCUUCCCGCUGGAGGCGGCCAAGAAGCCGUCCUUCUGCAUCGCCGACAUCCUGCACGCAGGCGGAGAGGCGGCGGCCGGACCCGCCGACACCGCGCCCGGGCUGCCCGCGGCCGCCGCCGCCGCGCUCGGCUCCAUUCUCCCCGGCGGCCACUUCCACGCCGCCGCCUCCCCGCUGCGACCGACGCCCGUCGUGGCCCCCGACGCCCCCUCCGGGGCCGCCGCCGCCGCGUUCCCUCCACGCCUCUCGCCGCUCUCCGCCGCCUUCCACCCCCCGCACCACCACCGCGCCCCGCAGCACCGCAACCCCGCGGCGGCGGCGGCGGCGGCACCGGGCGGAGGAGGGGGAACCCCGGCGCGGGGACCCGGGGGCCACACGGGAGGCUCGGCGCCGGCGCCCGCCAGCAAGGACCUGAAAUUCGGCAUCGACCGCAUUUUGUCGGCGGAGUUUGACCCCAAAGUGAAGGAAGGCAACACGCUGAGAGAUCUCACCUCGCUAUUAAGUACCAGCCGCCAGGCCGGGGUUCACCUCCCCGCCUUGCAGCCGUCCGCCGGCCAGUUCUUCGCGUCUCUAGAGCCCAUUAACGAGGCCUCUGCCCUUCUGGGGCCCCUAAACACGGCCCCAAGGAGCUCAGUUCAGCACCAGUUUCAGGACACUUUUCCAGGGCCGUACGCGGUGCUGACCAAGGACACGCUGCCUCAGACCUACAAGAGGAAGCGCUCGUGGUCCAGGGCCGUUUUUUCCAACCUGCAGAGGAAAGGGUUGGAGAAGCGCUUCGAAAUCCAGAAGUACGUCACCAAGCCGGACCGCAAGCAGCUGGCCGCGAUGCUGGGGCUCACGGACGCCCAGGUGAAGGUGUGGUUCCAGAACCGCCGGAUGAAGUGGCGGCACUCCAAGGAGGCCCAGGCCCAGAAGGACAAGGAGCCGCCGCCAGAGCCCGAGCCCGCGGCCCCCAGGGCCGUCCCGCCGCCCACCGCCGCCGCGGGGGAACCCGAGCGCAGCCCCAGCCGCUCCGACGGCGACGGCGACAGCGACAGCAGCGACCCCGACUCGCUCGAUAUGGCCCCCAGCGACACGGAAAGGACUGAGGGCGCCGAGCAGAGCCAGCCCCAGGCCGGGGGCGGCAGGCCCUCCGCCAGCCCCGGCCUCCCAUCCCCGCCGCCCGCCGCCGCCAGCCCCGAGGGGCUAUAGACGGGGCGGCCCCGACGCCGCCGGAGUUCCGCGCUGACUGAACGCCCCCUCCCCGCCGCGGGCCGGCAGCGCGGCUCGGGCGGGACCCCGCGCACGGCACGGCACGGCACGGAGGGGAGCGGCCGCAGGGCGGGAGCUGCGGCCCCAGGCGGAGAGAGCGCGGCCCCGGGCGGAGAGAGCGCGGCCCGGCCGCGGGACAGAGAGCGGGACUUCUCGUUGUUGUUGUUGUUGUUGUUUUCCUGAGUUUUUUUUUUUUUAUUAUUAUCUUUUAAUUUUAUUCUCCCGCCCCUGCCCUCUCUGGGAAAGUCCGAGCGAGGGACUGCGCUCCGAAAUCCCUCCCCCACACCCGAACAAUUUACAAUGUGAAGUAUUUUUGCCGACAUCCUCCUGGGUUGCGACGUGUUGCUUCGAAUAAUCCGACCGAGAAAUACUGCACUGACAAAAUAUAGAAAUCUAUCUAUCUAUCUAUCUCCUGUAAAUAAAAUGUUUGCUAUGGUUUGUAA